ACUGAACUAAAAAACAAAACAAAAAAACAAAAAAACAAAAAAAAAAAUCCAGUCCUCCUGCACGUUCAUCAGCCGCACCACAACCAUAAAAUCCACCAUUCCUCCAGCUGCAGCCACUGCCAUCCAUAUCAGAGCCCUGCAAAUAAUCCCUAUAACACUUUUUUAUGGUUUUAAAUUUGAGAUAAUCUGUUGAUAAUCUGAUAAUAGUUCCGAUUGGUAUUAAAGGACACAUUCCGGUGUCAGGACAAUGUCUCUCCUGUUGCGGGGGCGAGAGACGCGCGGAGCGUCAGCCAUUUUUGCUUCAGCAGCACUGCUGCUAUUUACGGCUUUAUGCAUUUGAUCAACAGCAUCACUCCCACCUCCCUGCAUCCUCCUGCAUUCUCUUCUGUGUCCUCCAUGGAAGUGCUCGUGCGACAGCAGAUUGAUGCCCUGAAUGGCACCAUGGUAAAGAUCUCUUGCACUUUCACGUCCUGCUACAAACUUGAUCUCAGCAAAUUUGCGAUGAACUGGACCUACCAGGAGACCAAAAACGAUACAGAGGAGAUGUUUAUGACCUUUAAGAACAGAUUACCUCUUUUGAGGACAGACCGUUUUGGGGACAGGGUAAAGUUUGCUGGAAACCUGGACAAAAAUGACCUUUCCAUCACCAUCUCAAAUGUGCAGCUGGCAGAUGAGGGGCUCUAUAACUGUUACGUACGCAAUCCUCCUGAUCGCGUUGAGGGCCACGGUAGAAUCCAGCUGUCUGUAGUCACUGAGUUGCCUCCUCCCAGAGACUCGACCAUUGCUGUGGCUGUCGGGGCAUCUAUAGGAGGAAUGCUGGCUCUGGUGAUCCUCUCCAUGGUGAUCAUCAAGUGUGUACGCAGACAUAAGAAACAGGAGCUGAUCUCUGAUGAACAGAAAAUGGAGGAGGAGGGUAAAACAGAUGGAGAUGGAGGCAUUGAAGAAGGAACCAAACAGAUAUAACAUGGCUAUGACCUGAAGGGCCUCGUUCUUCACAUGCAGAUAUGAAGUUAGCUUGAGCCAUUAUGCUGUGGCUGUAGUACUUUUCUUGGUAUGGAUUUUCCCUCUUUUGUCCAGCUAAUAAACAAUAAAAAAAUAUUGGAUUUGUAGAAAAACAGCAAAUGCUGUACCCGCCAUACAUUCCAAGUGAGCCAGUGAAAGCUCCAGAUCAGGUUUUUAGACGCCACUCUUCAAUUUCAUAUUGCUACAAAUCUACCACACAGGAUUUUUAAGGAACCACUUUUAAGAUAUUUUUGUUUUGUGUCUUCCAAACACUGCCAAUAUGUUCACAACGUGUCUAUUGUUAAAGCUAAAGCACACUAUUGCUACUAUUGCCUAAUUGGUAUUAGUUUGAUAACAGAUUUUAUAGAUAUUUCUGCUGUUAUUUAUAUUUCUCGUAUGAUGCAAAAAAAAAAAAAAAGAGAGAGAAAGGAAUAGUCCUCUUUCUGAGAACCAAAUAUACACACAAGUAUAUACAACAUUCCAAAAAAGCCACUCAGCUUAUAAGGUCUAAAUGUGUAUUGCUCUUUCUUUACUAUUCAAGGGUGUGUUUCCUGGAAAGUCUCAUUUGAUUUUUCAAGAUUCUGUAGGCUAAUGCUGUUAUAGGGUUAGCAAUUCUGCAUAGCAGUUAUUUAUUGCUUGAUAAAUUGAAAAAAAACCCUUCUAUAUAGUGAUCUCAUUUUAGUAAGCAUCUGGAUAGCAUGGGAGCCAGUGUUGUUUAGCAUUCGCCAGCUAGUCAGUGAGGUCAUUCAAUUUCUGCAGAGAAUUCACAAACUUCUCCAGUCUACUUUUGUUACAUUUAACUAUUUAAUCUGGCAUAAUGCAUGUUAGGAUUUUCCCCUAACUUCAUUUUACGAAGGAAAAUUGUGGGAUUGUAGAAUUACGAACACAUGGUAGAAUUAUCCACACUGAAUUGUUCAAUUGAUGCCUGCUGUAUUAUGAAAGUCAAUUCUGAGGUCCUGUAUCUCUGGAUGUUGCUGUAGUAUACCGAGAAGAUGAGCUUGUGUAGAAGUACUGCUCUGGAAGUGCGUUAUGAAAAUCAUUAGAGGGGAUGUGAAAGGAUCCAGUUAAAGACCUUCCCUUUGAAGAUGGUCCUGUGUUGUGCAUGGAUGAAAGCUGCAACUUGAGUUAGUGAAUGAAUGGUUUUAGGUCACUAAGCAAGAUAUCCUUGAACAUUGUGGAAAAAAGACCAUUUGCUACCAUAUUGGAAUGGCUGAUCAAGCUCCCAAAGGGCAGCAAGGAUAAUUAGGCAUGGCUCCCAUGGGUUAAAGUCAAGGUGACUUUGGCAGGUUGGAAAAAAAGGCUUUUCCAGAGGUGAAGGAAAAAUAAAGCUUACUUUCUACAAAAGAUUGAUGUGUUUGUUAACAUUAGCUGGUAAACAGGUACAUUUAAGAUUGGGUGACCAUCAUAAGCUGGCAAGUUGCUGACUAAAAAGACCACCUGGUAUAUUCAGUAUAAGAUGGUGGAGUAUAGAAACCAGCAAAGACCAAUGCAGAUGACCAUAAGCUCAUCAAUGACAAGACAAGCUAGCAUGACCAUUAUAGACUGGUAGAUCAGCGAAGCCAGCAGUUUUUAGGAAUUGCUCAUUAAUUAGUUAUUGUUCAGUUAACAAACCUUGCAAACCUUAUACAUUACAAACCUUUUGAGAAACACACCCUAGAACAGUAUUGUAGCAGCAAUAUGUAAAAUAAUUCUGAAUUCUGAAUUCUGAAUUUGGUCUUCACAUUAAAUUUUCAUUCAGGGAAAAUUGCUAAGAUAAAACAUAUAUAUAUAUAUAUAUAUAUAUAUAUAUAUAUAUAUAUAUAUAUAUAUACACACACACACACACACACACACACACACACACACAAUAGUAUGUUUGAAUGAAUGUGUGUUGUAUUGUUGAACAUUCCUUGAAUAUUUUUCUUUUCUAAAAAAAUAAUGUAGCUAAACUAUUACAUUAUUUGUAUUGUAUAUGAUACAAAAUAACAUUUUAAAAUAAUCAAAUGAAACAAACUAUUGAACAGUAGGCAGGGUCAUAUUGUCUUUUCACUGAAACUGAACCACACUAGAGUUCACUUGGAAGUGUCCGAGACCAAUAUUAGCUUUGUUUGUUUCCUAAUUUUUCAGUGUCACAACUGUAGUUAAACAUCUGUAGCUAUUUCUUAUGCAAGCAACAAUGCACUGCAAAAUGUCAUCUUAACAAGUGAGAAUAUCCUAAAUAUGCCCAAAAUAACUAGUCUUUACUAUUAUAUGGUUGCAUAAAUCAAAUAUAAUAUUAUUUUUCUAUUUCUGUAUUCUCAUAAAUUAUCUUUUCUUAUUCUAUCGGCAAAUAGUUUUUGUCUUUUUGCUAAAAAUGUGCAGAAUCGUUUGCCAGUAGACAUUAAUGUUUAAUUAUCAUGUAUUUGAUUUAUUUUAAUCUUAUAAUAAGAAAUGCUAGAUAAAUUUCUCUGUAUUCAAGAUAUGUUUUACUAGAGGUUUUGUGGCAAACACUUUUGUUGGUUAUCUACAUACAGUAUAUAGUAACAAGUUAGACAUACACAUGUGUAAUAAUAAAAUAUUACACUUUGUUUGCUCGACAUGCAGUUAAAAAUACGCCUAAAAAUUCCCUUACUAUCAUACGACUGACUUUAGUACUGAAUAAAGAUUACUGGCAUGUUCUGUAUCCAUUGCAUGCUGUAAAUAUACCAUAAAACUGUGCUGUGCAGAGGGCUAAUGACAGCAAGGCUUGACUUGACAUAGGACAUUUGAAAAAGUCCAUAACUCCUUCACUCCUGUUAUAGAAAUACGCAAAAGUUUAUAUUUAAAAUACAUAUGAAUGAGUGAUGCUUGAGUUUAAAUUGGUUUAUUUUUAUAUUCCAGAUUUCCUAGGUACUGCAGUAAUUCUUGUUUCUGUAAGAUUUUUACAUGUUCUACUGGUUUCUAUAUUAAUGGAAUUAUUGACCAAAAACUUAUGACCAAACCUAAAACAUAAAUUUUAGUCUGAAUGCAGCAAAAAGUUCAAGCGUAUUGUGAUUGCCCUUAAAAGUAUUUCUUUCUUACAUCUUUUCCAGAUAAAUCAUUGUUAUGGAGGUUACAUACAGCUAGAACUAAUAGUUACAUUCAUAACAGUUUUAGGUAACCAGGCAUAUUUUACCCCUCAUAACCAACAGUGGAGUUGAGAAUCACCUGCAUAAAUUUUAUUGGCCAGUAUUAGCAAAAUAUAGUGAGGAACCUGCUGUGCCUUGGGACUAAAUAAAAAAGGUGUUCUUCAGUAGUUCUUCACACCUUAAGAAGCUGGGUUUUUAUUGUAGAAUCAGAAAGAAAUGUGUGGAUGCCUGGACGUGUUCAUGUAAAGCUCAUGAUAAGAAGAAAUGCUUUGAAUCUCCAGCAACUUUGCAGAACCAGUUUGAGAACCAAAGCUCUUUAAGUACCAGUAAAGAAUUAGAAUCGAAUGAAAAUCAUCUGAACAAGAAGCACAUUUCGAAGACCUUUAUUUUAAAUAAUUAACUUUUCUUUCUGUGUCAAAGAAACUUUUGGGGGACUGUUUGGGCAUCUGCUAUCAACAAGCCCCUAAACUCUUAUUGGUUUAGACACUGGGUAUAUGUAUUAUUGCAUCAUCAUCAUCCUUCAUGUUGAUCUGACAUUAGAAAUUUUGUCUGUUUGCCAUUCUUCUCUAUUUUUAUGAAAUAUGCUAACCACAAAGCAGAUUAUCCUCAUCUUGCUCGGCAUGUGGUCUAAAGCUUGAGCCUGUCUUUUAAAGCUCUCAAAUAAAUUCUGCCGCAUACAAUAGAGUGCAUUGAGUGCCAGUCCCGCAGAAUCCAGUCCCGCUCGAGCCACUAUUGAAGCUGACGUAGGCUGAAUAAUUUUUGAGUCAUACGGCAGUUUAACUGCUCGGGCAGCAGUCUUGUAGAAAAUCCCACUUUGACUGUAGAUGCAGCAUCAUUGCACUCCUCAAACGAGGAAUGGACAUAAUUCUUUAUGUUGUAUAAUCCACUCUGUUUUAGAGUUGUUUAGUUGUUUAGAUCUUGUUAUGCUUGAAUGUUAGUAUCUGAAGUAGGGUUUAGCAAACAAAUGGUUGUAAAAAAAAAAAGUGAGCAGUUAGCACAUAGCAAAUAAAAACUACCCAACUCUGCUAGCAGCACAGUCUGAGCCCAACCAAUAGUGAAAGUGAGCGAUUAGUGCUGGGAAACAACAAAGUAAGCUAGAAAAGGAAAGUGUACAGUUUAUAAAAAUGCACUCGCUUUGGUAGAAGAGCCAUCUUUGGCUUUGAAAUUUAAACUAGCGCUAUUCAAAAUCCAACAAGGAGAGAACAAUAAAGCAAAUAUAGCUGUAUGAUUAUUAUUUAUUGCAAAUACUGCAUCAUAUCGUGCUUCAAGAUUUUUGGAAGGUUGUGGCAGGUGAUUCUCACUGGCCCUGACAGUUAAGAGGGGUAAAAUAGAACCAACCGAAGUAUGCAUUCAAGCUACUGGUACUGGAUGAUACAGGAAUUUUAUCUGUGCAUGCUUAUAUUUAGUCAAAAGCAGUUUACAAUUAGAAAUGUAUUUCUAUAGCUUAUAUAGCAUAUUUUGUUAUGGAAAAAUUACCUGAGAGACCAACAAAUCUUGUCAAAGGCAACUAUUCUAGAUUUUCAAAAAACAUUGUUUCUAAGAAUUAGAAUUUUUUUAGAUGAACAGUAAACACUGUGCGUGAUUGUUUGAAUAAAAUUGUUAAUUUUAAUUACAGAAUACAACCAUCUUUCUCCUAUAGGGUGCCACAACCAGAUCUAACAUUCACCAGGUGAAAAAUGGUAGUUCAUUUGAAUGGAAAAGAAAGUGGAAUUACGUAGCGGUAGUUAAUCAAGGUCAACUUUAACCCUGCAAAUUUGAGAAACUUUGCAAAGCUCAGGGAAGAAAUAGCUGUCCUGCUACCAUGUAACUGCUUUGCUUCCUACAAAAUCAAAGACAACUGUGUCACCCAUAAUCACCCUAAUUUAGCUCCUGUCCAACAAAUAAAACUGUAAGAGAAGAGCCAAUGCUAACUACAAAACUCCAACACCAAAUCUAUUGAGAAUAUACUAUUUUUGGUAGUAAUGUAUCAAAUAAAAAUGGUUCAGGUUGCCACCCCUGUUAAAAAUGACCUUCAGGCUACAUGUAUCAACAGUUCCUGCAGACUUUCAUUAGGCCUUAAAUUUGUUUUUCAUAUAAAAUUUCUGAAUUAGAUUUUUUUUACAGCAAAAUGUUUUAUUUCAAGUAUGGUUUCUUAAAUGAAUUUAUACGACGUAAAAUCACAGUGAUAACAGAAAUACACCAGAUUGUUGAUUGCAGUACAUCAAAUAGAAUGCCAUGCAACUGGGCCUUUAUUUAUUUUUACUCCCUAAUAGUCACCUGGAUGAUGAAUGAGUGAAUGAAUGAAUGAGAGAGAAGCAUGAUUAUACAAUGCAUUACAAAUACGAUACACCACUGUAUUAUAAGAGUUCUGUUAAAACCAUAUAACGCAUGGUUCAAAUAUAUUGCACAUUUUUGAUUGUUCUAAUCUUUUUUCAGUGCUUAUGUGAAUGUGAUGUAACUUGUAUUAUAUGUAUAUUGUACAAGAUUGUCUCAUUAUUAUUUUAUUGUAUUGCAUAGCCCUACAUACAUCGGAACUGAAUGAGAAUUAUGUGACUGUUUGAUCAUAAAUUUUGUUAAAUUAAUGUUGGUCAUUGCUUUUGCACUGGGCAAAAAUGUACACUAGACAGUAUUAAAAUAAACUAUAAAGUAAAGUA